CAUCAACCAAUGCUCGCAUAUUUCUACAAUCUCCUCCCGAGCAUCAAUGCAAACAAGCAUCAAUCAGUAGUAUUUCACAACUACAACUCUUAAACAAAUACUGGCAAGGAAGGGCCUUUGACAAUGUCCAAGUCAUCCUCUGUCCCGUCGGCCCAGGACUACCUGGAAAGGGCGAGGAUGUACUAUCACGACCAGAACGCGGAAAAGGCCAGAAACUAUUUCGAAAAGGCAUGCCUAAGCUGCCCCUGCCAUAAAAAAGAUCGUCUCGCAAGGAGGGAGUAUGUGAUCCAGUGUCAGGCCAAGGGCCUCAAUCCUGAACCCACUCAUUACGUUCGCGACUAUGGAUGCUCUUGCAAGGACAUCAUGCACGAGCUCACCAGGGGCCUCCAUGGCCUCAACAAGCGAUCUGUUUCCCAGCUUGCUGCCCGUCCCUGUGUUUGCAAGUCCAAAUCGGAUUCUGCAAGGGGCUUGCGCCCCUGCCACGACGACCUGCACAUAGGCGCCAUCGAUGGGAUCAGUGCUUGCUACGAGCUCAUGGGGGACUUUGAGGCGUCUUUCGAUGCUGCUCUGAUUAUGAUCCACAAGGCCCCCAUGAGACCAGAGGGAUAUCUAAGAGCUGCCAAACUUACUACGAAAAUCAAGCCGGAUCGUUAUAGAACGUCGGAACUGCACAUUUCGGCGGCAGAGGUCCGUCGAUCCAUUUGCAGACACGGGCUUGCCAACAUGGCGCUUGAUAGCAAGCGUGACAGUACCAAAGACAAGUAUCAACUGCUCAAGCGACUGUUAUCCUCGCACAGCAGAGCAGAUCCCGUCGCUCGUCUGCCAGGGGAGCUACUCAUCAUGAUUAUGUCGCAUUUUCAACUCAAAGACAAGCUGGCCUGUCAGCGUGUUUCCAGGUCUUGGUCUGACUUUGUGUCGUCUCCUGCCGCCUCAAGCUUAUGGCAACAUCUUGAUUUUGACAGUCAAUUCAAGCCAUCGAUAGCAGCCUUGGGCAGGGUUUUUCGACUCUCCAAUAGCAUACGUGACGGCAAGAUCGCACCGACAACGAAACAUGUCAAAAUUCGGGACUGGAACAAUUUCUCACUUGAUAAACACAAGCUAGCCAUGAUAACCAGAUUACCCUACCUUGAAGUUCUUGAGGUGCGACAAGGUCCCAUACAGCGGCCUAAGAUUGGCUAUGGAGGGCCUGCUGGCAACGGAAUAGUAUAUGAUCCGCCGCCGUUUCCUGAAGCCGCCACCAUGAAGCACCUAAAGCGGUUGGUCCUGGAGAGUUUUGAGCCAGAGUCCCGGAAAAAUUCAGAGCCUUUUCGCAACAUUUGGGCGGUCCUGGCAAAUGUUGCACCGUGCCUGGAGACGAUCGAAUUCUGCGGCUACAAUAGGCCUUUGUUUGUGAAGCCGUUUCCCAAGGUCAAGGUCCUUAAACUCUCAAUGAAGCCUGGGGGCAAACCUCCAAACAUUCGGUUUGCACAAUUCAACGAGACUUUUCCAAAUCUGGAACAGCUGUACCUCGACGUUGCUGUCGUCCAUUGCACAGCCGUCGACCCAGGCGCCGUUCCGAAGCUCAAAACCCUGGUCAUUGGUUGCCUGAUUCCAGGCUUCGCAGACACCGACGACCCCGUGGUGGGCCGCCGAAUCUUCCCCAGCCUUCCCCCGACGCUCCGAGUCCUCGACCUGGGCAUGAGCUCCUACUCGCUCGUCAAGGAAAUCCUCUUCCACUAUCCGGAGCCACUGGAGCGGCCAACGCUCUCGCACCUCGAGGUCUUCCGCCUGCUCGAUAACGACUACGACGCGGACGCGGUGCUCGAGGUGCUCAAGCCCAGCAUGGAGUCCGGGUCUCUCCGGGUCAUGGACGUGGCGCUGCCCCGGAGCCCCGCCGGCGCCCUGGUCGACCGGCUCGGUUACGAAGCGGCCAUCGCGGCGACGGUGGACCAGUUUGCAGGCCCGGACCUACCCCUCUCGUCCCUCACCACCGUCGGCAUUCCCAGGUACGUGACGAGGAACAUGCGCUCGUACCACUCCACCCAUACCACACGGCCUUUUGUCGACUGGGUCGCAAAGUUCCCAAACGUCGACACGGUCCGCUUCUACCCCGAGGCCAUCGAGAACGCGGCGGAGGCCAUAGUCGGGCUGGUCAAGCUGCCUCGCGUCAAGACCAUCUACCAGAAUUGUUUAAAGGGGGUCCUGCGCGACGAGGUACUGGCUCUGGCCGGGGAGGCUGGGGUGCGUAUCGUCGAUACCCCCGACGCGUGGUUCCCGGCUCAGUUUCCGUAUGUAUUUGCGGACGGGGAUGGUUCUGCUGCGGGGAAUUAGAGAUACUGAGUAUCGUCAGUUUACUGUUGGUCUAGGAAGGAUAAUUUUUUAUCAUUGUCGCUUUAGUAGUCUGAAAUUGUAUAGGAUGUGUGGUUUAUGAGUUAUUUUGGUGUGACAUUGGUAUGAAUUGGUUAUAUCUAGACCCUUCCCGACUGCCUAGGUGUCAUACGACCCAUCUCGUGAAUUGGAGUAUUGGCCACGACAGGUCAUCUUGA